CACACACACACACACCCUGCUCCUGCUCCUGCCGGAGGUGACUUUGGGCGGUGCGGUCUUUGGAAACACCGGAUUGAAAUGUGAGUUUCACCCCGGAGUCAACGUUUCAGUGUGGCAACGAAAAUGUACUGUGAAAGACACAAAACUCAACGAGAUGACAGGUGAGAGAGGGUGCAUAUCAUUUGCACCCCCCCCACACACACACACAUCCCUCUACGCACGCAGAGACUUAACGUGCGCAGUGAUGACGUCAUAAUCCAACAAAAACCAAACUGGCAACUUUAUAUAAAAGGACAGUGGCACACGGAGGAACUAUUGAGCGUCAGUUUGGCCCCCCACUAAUAAAGCAAUGGGCAAGAUCAUAUUCUACGAGGACCGAAAUUUCCAGGGUCGGCACCAUGAGUGCAUGAGCGACUGUGCCGACCUGCACCCCUACUUCAACCGCUGCAACUCCGUCCGGGUGGAGAGCGGCUGCUUCAUGGUGUAUGAGAGGCCGCACUACCUGGGCCACCAGUACUUCCUCCGCAGGGGGGAGUACUCCGACAACCAGCGCAUGAUCGGCAUCAACGACUGCAUCCGCUCCUGCCGCAUGAUUCCCAUGCAUCGUGGUUCCUACAAAAUAAGAUUAUACGAGCGUUCAGAUAUGUCGGGCCAAAUGCAGGAGGUGAGCGACGACUGCCCCAACGUCCAGGACCGCCUGCGCAUGUCUGACAUUAACUCCUGCAAUGUGGUCGACGGCCACUGGCUGCUGUACGACCAGCCCAACUACAGGGGGAGGCCCUUCUACCUGAGACCCGGUGAAUACCGCCGAUACAGCGACUGGGGCGGCGCCAGUCCGAGGAUCGGCUCGCUCCGGCGAAUCACUGACCUCAACUAGAAGUCUCGUGAACCUUCCUGUCUCUCUCUGUUCUCAAUAAA